AUUUAUUUCCAAAUAUUUAAUAAAAUUUGAAAAGUGCGUCUUACCCACCACCGUAGAUAUUUCCCCAUGAAAAUGAGUGAGGCUCUUCCAUAUAUGAGCAGGAUGCUCCACACACCAUGCUAGUCACGUGGCCCACAAAACUCUCAUCGCUUCUUCCACUAUCUCUUUCUUCUUCAUCUUCCUUCACGCUCUCUAUUUCUCUCUAGAUAUGGCUGCCAAGCUCAUGCGCGCGGUUCGGUACAGUGGCUAUGGAGGUGGAGCUGCUGGGUUGGAGCAUGUUGAGGUUCCAGUUCCAGCUCCAGCUAAUGAUGAGGUUUUGCUGAAAUUGGAAGCAGCAAGCCUAAAUCCAGUAGAUUGGAAAAUUCAGAAAGGCAUCCUGCGUCCUCUUUUACCCCGCAAAUUCCCCCACAUACCUGUUACUGAUGUGGCUGGAGAGGUGGUGGAGGUUGGAUCUGGAGUCAAAGAUUUCAAAGCUGGUGACAAAGUUGUUUCUGUACUUAGCCAAAACGGAGGUGGACUAGCAGAGUUUGCCGUGGCUAAAGAGAACUUGACAGUCUCAAGGCCUUCCGAAGUGUCAGCAGCUGAAGGCGCAGGCUUGCCCAUUGCAGGUCUUACAGCUCACCAGGCUCUCACCCAGGUGGUAGGCAUCAACCUUGACGGAAGUGGCCCAGAGAAAAACAUCCUAAUCACAGCUGCCUCAGGUGGGGUCGGUCACUAUGCUGUUCAACUUGCAAAGCUGGGAAACACACAUGUUACAGCCACUUGUGGAGCACGAAACAUUGAUUUCGUCAAGAGCUUAGGGGCUGAUGAGGUUCUGGACUACAAGACCCCAGAUGGUGCAGCUCUCAAGAGCCCAUCUGGUCGGACAUUUGAUGCUGUGAUCCACUGUGCAACAGGCAUUCCCUGGUCCACCUUCGAGCCUAACUUAAGCACAAAUGGGAAGGUAAUCGAUAUCACUCCUAACGUUAGUGCCAUGCUGACAUUUGCUCUGAAGAAACUCACUUUCUCUAAGAAGCAGCUGGUGCCCUUGCUUGUAACUCCCAAGAAGGAGAACCUGGAGUGUCUUGUUGGGUUGGUGAAGGAAGGGAAGCUUAAGACAGUGAUCGACUCGAAACAUCCUCUGAGCAAGGCUGAAGAUGCUUGGGCCAAGAGCAUCGAUGGCCAUGCCACUGGGAAGAUCAUUGUCGAGCCUUAAGCAUGAUUAUAUAUCAGUGAUUAUAUAUCAACUCUAAUAUGCUUAAUGAAAAAGGUGUGAUAUAGUAUAUGAGGGUUAGGUAAUAAUUAUUUGCAUUAGAACAAGGUAUUUGAUGAUGUUUGCUUCUGCCUUACGCUUUGCAUGCUGGUUAUUGUAAAUGUGUGCGUCCUUCAUUCAUAUUUGUAAAUUGUAUAAGCUUUUGUCA